GUGGUCUUUGGCCCCCGGCCCCAGGCCCUGACCCCAAGGAAACCUCCGGGACCUGUGGCUGGAGAGGUGACCGCCAGGCAUCCGGGGAGCCUUUGGAGAUCUCGGCCUCCUUUUUCUCCCGCUGCUUGCCGGCGUGUCCUCGGGUGGACGCGGGCACCCCGAAGGAGAGUUUACAGACGCUCCCUCACAUCGGGGACGCGGCUCCUUUAAGGGCGGACUCUGAACAUGUCGGGGAUCGCCCUCAGCAGACUCGCCCAGGAGAGGAAAGCGUGGAGGAAGGACCAUCCAUUUGGUUUCGUGGCUGUCCCAACAAAAAAUCCCGAUGGCACGAUGAACCUCAUGAACUGGGAGUGCGCCAUUCCAGGAAAGAAAGGGACUCCGUGGGAAGGAGGCUUGUUUAAACUACGGAUGCUUUUCAAAGAUGAUUAUCCAUCUUCGCCACCAAAAUGUAAAUUCGAACCACCAUUAUUUCACCCAAAUGUGUACCCUUCGGGGACAGUGUGCCUGUCCAUCUUAGAGGAGGACAAGGACUGGAGGCCAGCCAUCACAAUCAAACAGAUCCUAUUAGGAAUACAGGAACUUCUAAAUGAACCAAAUAUCCAAGACCCAGCUCAAGCAGAGGCCUACACGAUUUACUGGUUAGUAGCAGCCCUGGCCCCGCUGGUGGCACCUCCUCCCCAUCCCAGCCAAGGCUGCCUGGCAGGAGGGGAGUGGAGCACACAGGCUCACCCCAGGGACCGCCAGGGUCCGUGCCGCCGGGGGGAAGGUCGGGGGGCAUAAACCCUGUGGGCAGCAGGCACCGUUGCACAUGGUCUGUGGUGGGCAUGGAUGGCGCCGGAGCCCUGUCCUAGGGAGGGAACAGGCCAGGUGACGGGGGCUGUCUUGGGCCACUGCCCCAGUGAGUUGUGGCCAGCUAGGAGGGGAAGGACCCUGGGCAUGGGUGCCAGAGGAGGCCAUGCUGAGAGGCCUGUCCACCAGCUCAGCCUCCCGUGGACCCCAGCCUCCUGCACCGCCCCUACUGCUUGUCCCCAUCCCCUCUACAACUUGAUUCCUCCUGUGGGGGGGCCCAGCCCAGCAGGGCUCAGCGAUGUGAUGCUGUCACACAGGCCCUGGGCUUCCCCCUGUCCCUGUGAGGUGCUGCUGUGGCUAGAAGGGUCCCGUGGGCCUGGGGUCACUGUCUGCACCAAGGAGGGUCUGGUGUGAGUUAGGAUGCAGACGACAGCCAAACAGUGUUGGGGACAGCAGGGAGGACCCUGCCCUGAGCAGAGGCCACGCGCCUGCCUGUCCUGUUCCCUCUGCAGCUGCUCUGGGCAGGUCCAUAAGAAGGUGGGUUGGGGGCUCCGACCCCCACUGCUCCACCUGCAGCUUUGAGAAACCCAGCCCCAUCUCACCACUGGUCCCACACCUCUGAGGGGGUCUUGGGGGGCCCCAGUGGCCAGGGACCCAGAAGGCUCACCCUGCAGCCACCCGUCACAUCCCUGCCACCGUGGGCAUCGGAGGCCCUCUCCCUCCAGGGUGCGUCUCCUGGUCAGGAGGGGGGAGGCUGGGGGGUCCCGGUUGCUCUAGGCCCAGCCCGCACAGGUCGUGAGGAAGAGCACCUGGUUUUGGCCGGGCGUGGUGGCUCACGCCUGUAAUGCUAGCACUUUGGGAGUCCGAGGUGGGCAAAUCAUGCAGUCAGGAGUUCGAGACCAGCCUGGCCAACAUGGUGAAACCCCGUCCCUACUAAAAAUAUAAAAAAUUAGUUGGGCAUAGUGGUGGGCCCCUGUAAUCCCAGCUACUCAGGAGGCUGAGGCAGGAGAAUCACUUGAACCAGGGAAGUGGAAGUUGCAGUGAGCUGAGAUCCUGCCACUGCUCUCCAGCCUGGCAACAGCGGGAUGCCAUCUCAAAAAAAAAAAAAAAAAAAAAAAAAUCACGUGGUUUUGGAGAGAUGUGUUUCUCCCUGAAUGCGGGCCCAGCCCGGGUGUCUGCAAGGUGCCCUCCCUGGUGGCUGAGGGUGGCACAGAGGCCCCAGGCAGGGAGCAAGUGUCACAGCAGCCACCCCAGGCUCAGCCUGGCUCCCCUGCAUGGUGGUGCACACCUGUAGUCUCAGCUAUUUGGGAGGCUGAGGUGGGAGGACUGCUGGAGUCCAGGAGGUUGAUGCCGCAGUGAGCCAGAUUGUAGCACUGCAAUCCAGCCUAGGUGACAAAGCGAGACCCUGUCUAGGAAAAAAAAAAAAAAGCACGCUGGGCGUGGUGGCUCAUGCCUGUAAUCCCAGCACUUUGGGAGGCCAAGGCGGGCAGAUCAUGAGGUCAUGAGAUCAAGACCAUCCUGGCUAACAUGGUGAAACUCCAUCUCUAGUAAAAAUACGAAAAAUUAGGCGGGCAUGGUGGCGGGCAUCUGUAGUCCCAGCUCCUUGGGAGGCUGAGGCAGGAGAAUGGCGUGAACCCGGAAGGCGGAGCUUACAGUGAGCCGAGAUCACGCCACUGCACUCCAACCUGGGUGACAGAGCGAGACUCUGUCUCAAAAAAGGAAGAAAAAAAAAAAAAAAGGCAAAUGUUUUCCUGCCUAGCCCUUAGAUGGUCUGCCAUUCCCGGCAUGGUGUGGGCGUGAGCUCUGUCUGGCCUGCACCCCCUUUGCCGACCAUCUCCAGAGCUGGGCUGUGGCUCCCAUCUGCGGCAGUCCCCCACCCCGUGUGACUCCCCCCGUGUCACUCCGCUUGUGUCUCCUGGGCUUGGUGUCUGCUGGGCUGCACUGUACACUUGCGUGCACGUAAACAAACGUUCUUUCUCCUACAAACAUCCACUUGAAAAGCACCCUUUGUGAAGCAUGUUUGCGGGUUUCAGAUCCUUUUUCCUGGAUUUCCUGGAGGACUUGGACUGUGUUCCUGCCCCGGCGGGUGCCUUUUCUCAGGGCCCCUGCUUGGUCAAGGAAGAGCUGGGACCUGUGGCCACCGCCUCUGGUUCCUUCCACGCCCACCCAGCUGAGCUCCUCUGCCCUGGGGCUGUCUGGUGGCCCAAGGAGGGCGCUGGGUUCUGGGCUGCGGUCCAGGCCUUUGGCCUGGGUGGAGGUGGCACCUGCGCUGCUGCCGUCCUGGGCUGUUGGGCCUUCACUCUGCACCAUGUAGAGUGAAGCUCAGUGUCUCAGACCAGGUCCAAUCCUGGCGAGCCUGCCAGGACUGCUACCCCAGGAGGCACUUCCAUAAAUGUCACGGUGUUCCCCCGUCCUCAAGGUCACGCUGCCCCCUGUGACCCAUCAGCCCCUAGGUGCAGCCUCGGCCGCCCUCCCGCUCACCUGUUUUGCCCAGGCAGUGUGUGCCAUGCCACUCUCCUGCGCAGCUGUUUGCAGGCUGAGCCUCACGCUGCCCAGCUCCAGACCUGUUCCCUGAUGCCCGUGCACUGCCCAGCUCUGGCACAGCCCCUUCUGAACCAGGCCUGGCUUCCCACACCUUUGCCCCUGGGGCUGAGAGCCUCAUGGAAAAACCCUCCAGAAAUUUGUGUCUGUUUUUGGGAAUUAACAAAAACAGUGGCAAGCAGUCAGUGUUUUCAGUUUAUUAGCACUGUCCCCAGACCUACAGAAAAGAGAAGCUGCUGAUUACUAGUUAGGACCAGACUUUUGGCACCGGCAAUGAUGUUGCAGGCCCCUGGCGUGGGCCCCCUGGGGCCUUAGCCCUCCUCGAAGCGCUGCGGGGCCCCUCUGUCCCCCUCGAACACCAGGGCCUGAGCCCUCCUCGCAGCGCUGCGGGGCCCCUCUGUCCCCCUCGCACGCCACAUCCACCCAGCAUGGGUUCCUCUCCUCCCUGCCCUUCUGCCCCCACCUCAGACCACAGGUCAGUCCCAGCCACGUCAGAGCCAGCCUGGGCUCCCCACCACGCAGGCCUCCCUGCUUCUCCAGGCUUCCUGCUUCUGUUACUAUGACAAGCUCCACACUGCCCUCGCCCAGGAGGUCCCGUCCUGCAGCCUGGUCUGCUGAGCCGGCUCCGGGGCGAGCGUGAGGGCCAGGCUGCUGAGCCCUCUAACGCGUCUCUUCUCUUUUGACCU